AUGAUGAACUCCACGAGCUUCGAAGGCAGGAAGGCCUUCAGCAGGCCCUGCAACGACUUCGAUGACUUCGGUGUGCCAAGUUCUGAUGACGAGAAGGUGCUGUUGGACCUUGGCCGCUAUGCUUCCGCAACCGCACGCCGCCGUCAAAUCAAGAAGGCCCAGGUGGUGGACACGAAGCCAGUUGCAAAGCCAGAGCCCAUCACGACUGAAGAAAGCCCAAUCCAGACGCAGGUCGUGGUUCCGAGCAAGCCCGAGCGCAAGUCUUGGGCAGAUGUUGCUUCGGACGAUGAGGACAUGACGGAUUUCGCGUGGACGACCCAGGAGGCCUCCGUCAACGAUGCGACAGCGAUCGUCAAGGACGAGAAGCCUACACAGAGCACGGAAGAGAAGUGGUCGUGGAGCACGGCCGCCACGGACAGCCUGGAGGAGUUCGUGCCGGACACAGAUGAGGAGGACCUCUACGUGCCUGGAGCAAAGCAGGCGCCAGAGAAUUACUUGAUUGAGCAGCAAGAGCAAUUGCGCCAGCAAGAACUGUUGGCAGAGCAAAUGCGGCAAAUUCAACUGGUGCAGAUGCGCCAGGAGCAGAUGCGCCAGGAGCAGAUGCGUCAGGAACAGUUACAUCAGGAGCAGUUGCGCCAAGAGCAGUUGCGCAAGGAGCAGUUGCGUCAGGAGCAGUUGCGCCAGGAGCAAUUGCGUCAGGAGCAAUUGCGCCAAGAACAGCUGCAGUUGGAGCGUUUGCAGCAGCAGAAGCAACAGCAGCAACAGCAGGCCCAAAUGCAAAUGCAGCAGUUGCAGUUGCAGAUGCAGCAAGUGCAGGGGCAGAUGCAGACGCAAGGGCAGGCGCAGCAGACUAUGCUGGUGGCGGUGCCCAUGAACUUCAUGCCCAUGAUGAUGCCUUCGAACCAGAUGCAGAUGACCCCACAGAAUGCAUUGGGCUAUCCCGAGGAUGAGGAGCAGCAACAGCAGCAGGAGGCCAAAGCCAUUGUGCCACUGCCAAAGUAUGCUGAAGGCCCCACCUUCGGAUCGACCCAUCGCUUCCACCAGAAGAACAGCAGCAUGGGUGUGCUGUCGCAGGAUGCACGCACCUUCACGAAGAGCUCGAACAAGGGAAGAUUGAGCAUCAUCUGCGAGAACCGGGUUCACUUCAGUGGCGUCUCUCGCUACGCAGUGCAGUUCACUGAGGGAGAGCUUUGCAGUGCAGACGGAGUCGGCUUCAUUCUCUCGUCGGAUCUGCCGUGCACAAAGAACAUCCAGAGGAUCGUGUCCGUGUUCGCCAACCGCACCGGCCGCAUCUGCGUUCGCGUGCAUGAGGAGGUGGAACGCUGCUCGCAGCGCGUGAAGUGCCUGGAAGUGGGCGAUUGGCUCGAGGUCAUCAGCGACUUGGACAACCAGACCGUCAGCUUCGUGGUCUGGCCGGAGGACGGCUCGCGCCCAUCCUGGGCCACCGUCUCCUUCGCAGAGAUCCUCAGCAAGGCUCGCGGAAGAAUUUCUGGCCUGCCACGUGCCCCUUGCGGCUAUUUGGCCGUCGUCAUCAAGUGCCUGGGAGUGUCUGUGAAGCUGGGCUCUUGA